AUCGUGAGCCUCAGCACAACUCGAGGAGAGAGAGAGAGAGAGAGCCAGGAGAACUAGCAGCCUGUGAUAACUGAGUGGAGAGCUAUCGAGCCGCAGAGCCGUCGAGCACUUGCGCUUCACAGAGUAGCGGUACCAGCAGCGCCGCGGAGAGGAGGCUGAGAGACGGAGCCACCGGCCGACCCGUGAGAAAGUGCAGCGGCGCCGGACUGCGGGAAUCCUUUUCCGGAGCUUUCCGCCUGUGGACGAGUCGCCUGGAGCCCGCGCUCCUCCUGAGAGGAAGAGCUUAGAGAAGGGACAACUCUGGGAAAGGACUCGGUCGGGAUCCCCCCCGCUGAUCUCCCGCACAUCAGCCAUCAGACGCCCAGUGGUCUCUGUGAUCCGCGUUCCUCGACGUUCCUCGACGUUCCUCGACGUUCCUCGACUUUCCUCCGCGCUCCUCCGCGCUCCUCCGCCCAUGGCCAUGCGUCAGAUGGAGACGGCCGGGCUCCACGUCCUGCCGGCCCACCUGCUGUCGUCGGCGAUGGAGGAGUUCCCGCAGCAGCUGCCCGUGCCCAAGUGCCACGCCCGCGGGCGGAGCCGGCCCCGCAGGCCCCGGGAGGCGCGCUUCAAGACCCAGCCCGUCACCUUCGCCGAGAUCGCCGAGGUGGAGGAGGAGGGCGCCUCCCCCAUGGAGGAGGAGCGGGCGCGCCGCUCCUUCCUGCAGUCCCUGGAGAACCUGCGGCGCUCCACGCAGACGCUGCACUGCCCCGCCCGGCACGCGCAGGCCACGCCCGCCCAGGCCAGCAUGGACUCCAGCGACUCCGACUCCGCCCAGUGAGACGGGGGCCCGGCCCAAGGGCCCAGCUGCUGUGAAAGGACUUUAAUACUGCGCGUAGAUGGGCCUCCCUCUCCUUCCUGCCCUUUAGAUUAAUAUUUAUAUAUAUAUAUAUAUAUAUAUAUAUAUAUAUAUACAUAUAUAUAUAUAUAUAUAUAUAUGUAUAUAUAUAUAUAUAUAUAUACUUGUGUAAAGAUACGGAUAUUUAUAUAUUCAGAAGUGGUACCGUGCAGGUGGUGCAUUUUAAGAACUCUUCUGGUAACGCAACGCUGGCUGAAUCGCAAGUCGAAGCUGCUUAGCAAAGUGUAGCUUGUAAGCUAUGAUGCGGUGAUGAUGUCAUCACUUUCAAUUCCUUACUUAUCCUUAAGCUCCUCCUCCCUGUUGUUUUCCGGUGUGAGACCCAUGGCAGGAUAUCUGUGGACACACUCAGAGGACUGAGUAGAGGGUUGCUGGGUCUCUCUUCUUUUACAUUUUUUUUUUUUUUUAACCUUUCUAUUUUUCACUUUUUUUUAUAUAAUAAUGGAAAAGGUUUCAUUGUUUUUCUGACUGAUUUGAUUUGUCACGCGGUGCCUGAUGAUGUUAGUUUUGAAGGCCUUUCUUUAAAGAAGGUAAACAAACAAAACCUUGGGCCCGGUGAACUGUACAUUUGACUGUACAAAGUCUGUGAGCUGAGCAUGAGAAGGUUCUACAGUAUCUGUGUUGAGUCGUGUUGAGAUUUUGAGCUUCAAAGAUUCCCAAGUAAAUGUGCUCCAAGCAGAUACAGCCUUUUAAAUUUAGCAUUUUUUUUUUCAUACUUUUAAACAGUAUUUUUGUAAAAAACUUCACAUAUGUUUUGUGCCCUAUAGACACAAAACACAUAACGUAUUUAUGACAGUAACUCAUUUUUGCCAAAAAAUGUCAGUUGGAACCUGGAAGUGGCAGAUGUGGUGUGCAGAGGGAAGGGUUUCCGUGGUAACUAUGUUGAGCAUUUCAGACCGGUAGAAUUCAAACUGUGCUCAAACGCACAGCCCAACGACAUCGUCCAUGUGGCACCGUGCAAGACAGCUUCACUUUCCUAUUUUUAUAUAGCAGAACAGAAGAAUAAUAUGUGUAAUAAUAAGAAUAAUAUUAUAUUUAUUUUACUUUCUUAAUGUAAUGGGAUUAGAAGUGUCGUCUUUUCGUCGACCUUGUGAACCUUUUAGGUUUAAAAUAAACAAAACGAAAGCUCUUUAUACUGUUGUUUUUCCAAAAUUUGUAAAGAAAAAAAAUACUUUAAUAAAUAUUUGCAGUUGUGCAUA